CAAACAUGUCCUUAAAAUAUUAAUAUAUUUGAUUGUAAGUCCCACCAAUACAAAGCUAAAUUUUAUGUUUCUUUUUUUAAAAGACCAAUUUGUUGUAAUCUUUUUUAGAUAUAUGACUAUUUUUUCGUUCAAUAUUGAACAAAUUUUGCACUCGGAGAGCAUCGUAAAUCGCUCGUAGCCGUUCGCCUUGUGUGGCCACGCGUCAAAAACGUCUCAAAUUUCGAUCAUUUUGCAUGAAAUUUUAAAUUUAUUAUUAAGAUCGCAACGCAAAGUUGCUUCCAUAUCAAAUAUUUAUGAUGUGGUUGUCUUUUCGCACUUGAAUUCUCGACAAAGGGGAAAAAAUGGAGUCGUACAGCGUGGAAGAGGUUCGCCAACAUAAUUCCGAGGAAAGCGCUUGGCUUGUGAAUAAAGGACGUGUUUUUGAUGUCACUGAAUUUGUAAGCCGUCAUCCGGGCGGUAGAAACGUUUUGCUGCCAAAAUUUGGCAACGAUGUUACAGAAAUUAUGCAAGAUCCUCAAAUACAUAAACAUACUGCUUUUGCUCAUAACAUGAUGAACAAAUACUGCAUCGGAAGACUGGAUUCCCAGGUAUAGAAUAUCUCAUACAUUCAAAAUGUAAUGGGGGUUUAUAUCUGUUCAUAUACACCAGUCAAGGGGGUAUUAAUAUACCGCCAUACACAGUGAAACUUUAAACGUUAGACUUUGCCCUAUUGAGUCUAUUGAAGCAGCGACCGCAUAUUUGGACCAUUGGGAAUUUAUACUUGAUUCUAUAAUUAGUUCAAUGAGAAUCAUUAUAGAAUUAUGAUAUUGAUAUUUUGUUUUUGUAUAAAAAUAUUACAGUGUAUACAGUAAUUGUGGGAGAGUCGUUCAAAUGGCCUUGAUUUAUUGAUGCACAUUCUUGUAUUGGGUUGUUCCAGGAAAAAACCACACUCCCUCUUCAGAGGAAAAUUCUGCCAUCCGUGGGAAAAGUCCACUUUUGAUGACAGCAAAUGACCCAGUGUUAUUUUCAAACAGUACAUAUUCCCAAACCUCAUGUACACAUUUAGUUGAUUUGAAAUUUAUUUGAUUCCAUGUAUAAAUUUCGCAUGGAAAUUCAUAAAGUUGGAUUCCACGACUUUGAAAUUCUUCACGAGCAAAAUGUUUUGCAUUGAGCUGAAAAAUUGCUCACUCAUAAGAUCUAAUGCAAGCUCAAAAUAUGAACUUUUCUAAAUAUUAGUAUGGUUUCAAAUUCAUCAGGUCUUAUAUGAUCAGUGCGUAAGAGUAUGAUCUGUGAAACUGAGGCUGAAUUAAGAUGCCACACUUUGCCCUAAUGCACCAUACUUGGUCCUUUAUUCAGUCGAAUGCCAGAUGAUUUUGCUCAUAAUGGUGGGCAUUGAUGUCUAUUAAAUAGUCUCCAUUGGACAAGUACAAUCUUCUGGCAUUAGAUGUGAAAUAAUUACGAGGCCAUAUCUCACUGCUAAAGAAGAGUUUGAAUUCAAAUUUAGAGUGAAACUCAUGACGAGGAUGAAGAUCUGAAUAUGGAGGGAUACAAAGAAAAUGUAAGACUGUCGCACAUUGUUGCUUGCAUCUAACAAUGAACAGAAGACAUUGUCCAUUCUUACAUGAAAGUUCAUUGUUAUCAAGACCAUUUAAUUAAUCAUGUUUAAAGUAGGUUCACAUGGUUUGGCUAAGCUGAUUAAACACAGACACAGGGCUAAAAAUAGCUCACAGACACAGGGCUCGAAAUAGCGGCCUGCUGAUGGCCAAAGGCAGACCGUAUUUCAGAAAUGGUAGGAGAAAAAAAUCGACCUGCCAAGUCAAAAACAAUGACAGGUGAAAUUCUACAAAAAGGCAUCCAAUGGUUAAGGACACAAUUGAUAAGCUUUUGCUAUUUUCAGUUAGCAGUUUGCCAUAGGCUUGGGCGGUUUACCGGUUUUUCGGGUUUUUUCGGUUUUAUUUUCAAACUGGUUUUUUUCGGUUUAGCUUUUACAAAAACCGGAAAACCGUCAUUACGUAAUUGUUUACUGUCAUCGCCCGAAACUCGAUCUUAAUUCUCAAAACAUGACACUAAUUAAACUCAAUUACAUGACACUAGAUACAAAUUCUAUUCUUUUUCCGUAAAGUCGGUAAGAACUAAAGUUAUUUUAGAUUACCUUUGCACAAUUUUGCGUUUUGUCGUGUACUGUUCGUUUGCUUAUGUCAAAAAAAUACCACAAUUCUUGCUCAUUCAGUUGAAGUAAAAAUUAAAGGGAAAAAAACGGUUUUCCGGUUUUACCGGAAUAGCUAAUAGAACAGUUAAGUAAGUGGGGCCAUAUGUAAGUAGGCCAUAUGUUUUUCAAAGGGCCUUGCAUAGAAGUUUCGUGUGAAAAUAGGCAGUGUAUCUAUCCAUUCAUUUUUGGAUGCAAAGGAUGAUAAUUGACUAUUAGUAGUAGGGCUUCGUAUUUCCAAGUGAUAAUUAUUCGUUUCCAUUCUCAUAGGAAUUGGUAGAUUGGAGUAAGCCAAUGGUAGCUCAAGUUGGGAAACUUGGUGCAGAGUACAUGAAAUGGGUGCACUCUCCCGUCAACCGUCCGCUACGUCUGUUUGGUCCUGAGAUUAUAGAAUUCUUUUCUAAAACACCAUGGUAUAUGGUACCUAUAGUCUGGCUUCCUGUUGUCCUAUAUAUAUCCACUAUAGGUCUGACCCACCUUGCUGAUGAUGUCACAAGUUUUUUAACAAAUGCUUACUCCAUAUUUGUCGUGUUUGUCUGUUUAUUUUUAUUUGGAACAUUUUUGUGGACAUUGGUCGAAUAUAUUUUGCAUCGAUAUUUGUUUCAUAUUACACCUCCGGACGAUUCUCCUUUUUGGAUAACGUUUCAUUUCUUUAUUCACGGACAACACCAUAAGGUCAGUUUCAAAACACACUUUUUAAAACUUUAUACUGGAUAGUUCUAUCAGUUCUAAACUGUUCUUCCUAGAGGUCCAGUAAGGAUCAUCUCUUAUUGAUCCAGUGUUACUACAGGUGGAAACCUAAACUAAACUAACUUUAUUUAUACUGGAUAGCUCUAUCAGUUCUAAGCUGUUCAGGUCCAAUAAGGAUCAUGUGGCCCUGAUAUAUGUGGGCCUGUAACUUUAUACUGGACCACUCUAAAAUACUCUGUAAAACUUUCAUUCCAGGUUCCAUUUGACAGCGGGCGUCUUGUGUUUCCACCAGUUGCAGCCUCCGUAUUUGCGGCAGCGUUUUACGCUCUGUUUGUUUCUGUGUUGCCAUACGGCAUUGCAAACGCUUUGUUUGCAGGCGGAUUGUUUGGCUACAUCAUGUAUGAUUGUAUUCAUUAUUACCUACACCAUGGCUCGCCAAAUCAUGGCAGUUACUUUCACGAGCUGAAAAGUUACCAUGUUGCACACCAUUUUGAAGACCCGAUGAAAGGUUCGUAUGGUACAUAUUCUUGUUUUCUUAAGUUCUGUGUAGGUAGUAUUCUACAAUAAGCUGUUGUGGUUUGUGUCUGAACUGCCUGAAAAAGAUAUGUCAAACGUGGUGGUCCAGUGUAGGAAGUAUUCUACAAUAAGCUGCCGUGGUUUGUGUUUGAACUACCUGGGAAAGAUAUCUCAAACGUGGUGGUUCAGUGUUGGUAGUAUUCUACAAUAAGCUGUUGUGGUUUGUGUCUGAACUACCUGAAAAGAUAUCUCAAACGUGGUGGUCCAGUGUAGGAAGUAUUCUACAAUAAGCUGCCAUGGUUUGUGUUUGAACUACCUGGAAAAGAUAUCUCAAACGUGGUGGUCCAGUGUUGGUAGUAUUCUACAAUAAGCUUCUGUGGUUUGUGUCUGAACUACCUGAAAAAGAUAUCUCAAACGUGGUGGUCCAGUGUAGGUAGUAUUCUACAAUAAAAGUUGUCAUGGUUGUGUCCGAACUACCUGAAAAAGAUAUCCGAAUCCCGCCCAUUGACCUGGUUUUCCUUGCACAUUUUAGGAUAUGGCAUCUCAACUAAAAUAUGGGAUUUCCCAUUCAAGACAACACCGAUAAAAUUCGAAUGAACAGCGUAGUGGUAUUACUUAGUUUAGAGGAAUUAUUUCAACAGUAAAUUAUUUUUAAUUUAAACUUCCAUCAGUAAUAGCUAGGCAAACUAUAUUAUAUAGUAUAAAAUGGUUUUAAUGUGGGAAAUGGGAAUCUAGAUUUUGUUGAAAAAGAGCAUUGUUUUUCUUGAUAGUUCGUCAGUCUAACCUAUCAAGACAGACUACAUACAAGAUGUUGAUCACUUUAAAAUUAUCGUAAUGUAACAAAUAUGGUGGCUAAUUGUAACAUUUGGCAACAUUUUCGAAGUUGUCACAAAAUGAAAAAAUUACGAUAUUGUAGAAAUACACAAUGAUUUCUGUAAGAACGAUUUGGAGAUUAAUAUUUAGCGGUAAAGACUAUAAAGUCCACAGUGAUUUAGUUUUAGUGUAGACUGUACGAAUUAAUGUAUCACAUCAAUUACAUUAUCAUGUUUGCAAUUUAGUAUACCAUAAUGGUAUUUUAUUGCAACGAAAUGUUACGAUAUAAUAAGUUAAUAACUAUAUUUAUUAAUUAUAAUAUAUCUAUUGUACUGUGAUUUCUAUGUCACCGACUUAAACGAAUUUAACAGGAAAUUAAGCAAUAUAUGAAAGCAAUAUAUUUAUGUUAUUGUCUUAACUUUUUUCCCAUGCUUUUACGCACGAGUGACAUUCGCC